GAAAGGAAAGAAGCGGAGGGAAGCGGGGGUGGGCGGGGGGAGCGGGCAGCACCGACCUGAACAGAUUCCGCCUCCCCCCUCCCCUGCCCCCCCUCCCGGGAAGCCGGAGCGGGGAGGCACGGACAGUCUCCUCCCGCAAGGCCAGGACGAGACUCGGCCCCCUCUGCCUUUUUUUGCCAACCUCUAUCUCAACGCGCGCGCACAUACGGAGAUUGUGCGGCUUUUUUUUUUUAACCCCCUUGGGAGAAAAAACGAGGAGAGUAAAAGAAGAGAGGCCAAAGAGAAGAACUCCUCCUCGGCGGGCUCUGCACUCUGUCGUGGUCGGGCGCGGGGACGCGGCCGCCACCCGCCCGCUCUCUCCCGGCCCUGCGGCGUGUGCCAGUGGGAGAGCGAGCUAGGGCAUCCGCACCGGGGACGCUGAGAGACUUUAAGGCGCUCAAGCUGACAUCGCCGCCGCGGCGGCAGGCAAAGGAGACAGGGGCGAGAAGGGCCCUGCCUCCGCCUCGCCUUCCUCGCCAGGCGCCCCGCGCUCAGCCGGCCCGCGCAGGCGAGCGGAGGGAGGCAGGCAGAGAGGAGGCGGGCGGAGCAGAGGGCCCGGCGAAGCGCGCAGCGGCCGGCCCGCCCGCCGGUGGAUGCGGCGCCCCGGGAGCCUGGAGACAACUUUGCGGUGUGACGCGCUGGGAGGACUGCAGGGCCCGCAGCCCGGGGCUCCGCGCCGCCUCUGAGCCGGCCCGUGCUCUCCGGCGCUCCCGGCACUGCGCUCGCUCCCCUCCGCCGCCCGCCCGCCGGCCCGCGGCGAGGACGAACCGCCCGUCGCCGCCGCCAGCGGCCCUUCCUCGGCGCGAGGCAGCGAGGGCGAGGCGCUCAGGUGCGAGCGCGGGGCCCCGCCGCAGCGCCCGCCGCAGCGCCGCGCCAAGCCGCGCUCGGCUCCGCUCCGGGGGCUCCGGCUCCUUCGCUUCCGUCUCGGCCAAGUUGCGUCGACCGGCCGUUUCGCCACCUUCCCCGCCCGGCGGCCAAGCCGCCACUGCCACUGCUUUCGCUUCACCGGAGCGGGGGCUGCGGGGCCCCGACGCAGAGAGGAUGGGGAGAAGGCUGCAGAUGCCGAAGCGCCCCGAGACGCCCGUGCGGCAGUGACCCUCCGGCCCACGCCUCGCCCCGCGCCCCUCUCCAGCCCCCGCGCCCCUCGGCGCCCCUUCCCCGCUGCGCAGGAACCCCCGCGGCCCUGCCGGCCCCCUCCCCCUGUGAGCCGGCGGCGGCCCUCCCGGCGGGCGGGCGGAGGCCCGGGCGGGCGCGGGCGGGGGCGGGGCGGGGCGGCGCGCCGGGAGCCCGGAGCCCGGCCCAGCGCUCGGCUCAGCUCGCCUCGCGGCGGGCGCCCUCGUCGCCAGCGGCGCACCAUGGACGGGCUGCCCGGUCGGGCGCUGGGGGCCGCCUGCCUUUUGCUGCUGGCGGCCGGCUGGCUGGGGCCCGAGGCCUGGGGCUCGCCCACGCCCCCACCGUCGCCCGCCGCACCGCCGCCACCCCCGCCACCCGGAGCCCCAGGCGGCUCGCAGGACACCUGCACGUCGUGCGGCAGCUUCCGGCGGCCGGAGGAGCUGGGCCGGGUGGACGGCGACUUCCUGGAGGCGGUGAAACGGCACAUCUUGAACCGCCUGCAGAUGCGGGGCCGGCCCAACAUCACACACGCCGUGCCCAAGGCCGCCAUGGUCACGGCCCUGCGCAAGCUGCACGCGGGCAAGGUGCGCGAGGACGGCCGGGUAGAGAUCCCGCACCUCGACGGCCACGCCAGCCCGGGCGCUGACGGCCAGGAGCGCGUCUCCGAGAUCAUCAGCUUCGCUGAGACAGAUGGCCUCGCCUCCUCCAGGGUCCGCCUGUACUUCUUCAUCUCCAAUGAAGGCAACCAGAACCUGUUUGUGGUACAGGCCAGCCUGUGGCUUUACCUAAAGCUGCUGCCUUACGUCCUGGAGAAGGGCAGCCGGCGGAAGGUGCGGGUCAAGGUGUACUUCCAGGAGCAGGGCCAUGGUGAUCGGUGGAACGUGGUAGAGAAGCGGGUGGACCUCAAGCGCAGCGGCUGGCACACCUUCCCACUCACCGAGGCCAUCCAGGCCUUGUUUGAGCGCGGGGAGCGGCGACUGAGCCUGGAUGUGCAGUGCGAUGGCUGCCAGGAGCUGGCCGUGGUGCCUGUGUUCGUGGACCCCGGCGAGGAGUCGCACCGGCCCUUUGUGGUCGUGCAAGCACGCCUGGGCGACAGCAGGCAUCGCAUUCGCAAGCGGGGCCUGGAGUGCGAUGGCAGGACCAACCUCUGUUGCAGGCAACAGUUCUUCAUCGACUUCCGCCUCAUUGGCUGGAACGACUGGAUCAUCGCGCCCACCGGCUACUACGGGAACUACUGUGAGGGCAGCUGCCCAGCCUACCUGGCGGGGGUCCCUGGCUCCGCCUCCUCCUUCCACACGGCCGUGGUGAAUCAGUACCGCAUGCGGGGUCUGAAUCCGGGCACGGUGAACUCCUGCUGCAUCCCCACCAAGCUGAGCACCAUGUCCAUGCUCUACUUCGACGACGAGUACAACAUCGUCAAGCGGGACGUGCCCAACAUGAUCGUGGAGGAGUGCGGCUGCGCCUGAUGGCGGCAGCGCGUUGGCGGUGGGACUCGGGGCUGGCCCUGGUCGGGCUUCCUCCAGUCCCUGUGGGAAUGGGGUGCAUGGCAGGUGGAGUCCAGUUGUGCCAUUGGGCACCGGGAGGUGCCAGGGGGAGGCCUGAGAGAGUUUCCUACUUCUUCAUCAAGCAAUCAGUCAAAACCAGAGGGAGAACCCUCCACGGACACGAAAGACUUUAAAAUGCACACGUAGACACGCACAGCCAAAUGCAUCCUGCCACCCACACAGCAGCCUCCAGGAUACCAGCAAAUGGAUGCGGUGACAAAUGGCAGCUUAGCUACAAACGCCUGUCAAUUGGAGAGAAUGAGGUGAGCAGCCACCAUUCCCACCAGCUGGCCCGGCCACUCUGAAUCGCGCCUUCCGAGCACACAUAAAAGCACAAAGACAGAGACAGAGAGAGAGCCAGCACGGGAGCCCCGGAGUGGAGAAGCAGAUGCGGGGGUGGGGAACGUGUGGGCAGGCGGAGGGCUGUGUGUCCCCCUUUGCUUGUGCAAGGCCCGCCAUGCCCCAGCAUCUCUUGGCUCCCAUGUGUUGCCUUCCUCCCCUGCCUGGGAUCCUUCCUGCUGUGGGACCAGGGCAGCCUGUCCUUUCCCGCCCUUGGAGAGGGAAGGAGACCCCAAAAGGACAUCACCUGCCGGAGACCAGAGACCAUAGAGCAGUGGCAAUGACUGUUUGACUGUUGCUUGGGUCCCUGGCGUGACUUCUCCAUGUGUUUGUUUUGGGGGUGGGGAGGGAGGGAGAGAAGGGUCUUAAUUUGAUGCUUUAACUGAUCACUAGCAGUUGAAUGAUCAUUCAUUCCAGUUGUAUCAUUGAAAAGGGACUUUUCUACCAGGUGUGACCUUUUAAGUUAAAAUCUGAAUUGUUCUAAGUGGAAAGAAAAAAGUUGCAAUUGGUGCCCUUCAUGGGGAUAGUCCUCUAGGACUGAUUUGUGGGAAGAGGGGGAGAAAAUGACUCUUUCCAAGGGGAUGAGCUCCGAGGAGGAGGAAAUAAUGGGGUGGAGGCAUUCUGGAAAUGCUUAGGGGAGGGGAGGCGGUGGGGUUGCCCCCCCUCAGCAGGGGGUGAGGGAGAGGAGCAGUUGAACUGGUCUUGGGGAAAUAGGGGAGGAUUUCAGCUGCUUUGCAGAAGUGGCCCAUGUGGGCCCAGCCACUAGGGCCGGCCACGGACGUGGCCCCCCGCCUGCUCGCCCGCCUGCCCGCCCCUCCUAGCACUUACAGACCGGCCUGAACGCACAUGAUAUAGCACUUGCCCAUCCACGUGUGUCCAGAAGUGGCCCUUGGCAGAGCAGUGAACUUGCUCACCCCUAGAUGUCCGAGCGCCACGUGAACUAUGCAAUUUAAAGGGUUGACCUACACUAGACGAAACUGGACUCGUACGACUCUUUUUAUAUUUUUUUAUACUUGAAAUGAAAUCCUUUGCUUCUUUUUUAAGCGAAUGAUUGCUUUUAAUGUUUGCACUGAUUUAGUUGCAUGAUUAGUCAGAAACUGCCAUUUGAAAAAAAGAAGUUAUUUUUAUAGCAGCGAAAAAAAAAAUACAGUUAAAUGUAUUAUACAUAAUUUUGGAACCAAAGAGGCCAAGAGAUCAGUUUUAAUUUUUAUUAGAUGGUGAGGCCAUCUUAUAUGAGGUAGACGUUCUGAACAAUCCCUUGAGUGGCCUGCCAACGUUUCAGGGUAUAAAUGGAUUUUGUUUAUUCAGUUUGAUGUGUCUUUUCUAUCCUUACACACCCAGAAGGUAGAGUAAAAAUGACGAUGGUAGAAUGCAGGUGUGUAUCCUUAAAUCCUCAUCUUUAUGUUUAUUUAAUAAAGCUCCCCUUAGGUUCUGUUUCAUAAUAAUUUAAAACCAAACAAUUUUCCCAUAGACUUGCUGUUAAAGUAUUUUACAUUUGUGUACAGUUUAAGAAAAUAAAAGAUUGAGUGCCACGGG